AUGGUUUUCUACGAACCCGGUGUUACCGAUCACAACCUCCCGCGAGACCCCUUCAAAGCUUGUGUUGUACCUAGACCUAUUGGUUGGAUCUCUACUAGAUCACAGGAUGGCAAAGAUAACCUUGCGCCGUACAGUCAAUUCAACAAUCUGACUUUCGACCCGCCAUAUGUGAUGUUUUCGGCCAACCAAACCGAUGCCAAUGUUCGAAAAGAUACCACCAUAAAUGUUGAGCAAACUGGCUCAUUCGUGUGGAACAUGUCCACAUGGGACCUUCGAGAAGCUGUAAACAUCACAUCCGAGCAAGUUGCAUAUGGUGUCGAUGAGUUCGUGAAAGCUGGUCUCACAAAGAUUCCAUCAACAAACCUCAAACACGUUGUUCCUAUGGUGGAAGAGUCGCCCAUCAGGUUCGAAUGCACUUAUCAUUCCACUUUGAGAUUGCCGGGAAAUCCUCCCAUGGGCACUGUGGAUAUCAUCAUUGGCAAGGUCGUGGGGGUCCAUAUCUCGGAUAAAGUUCUGACGGAUGGAAUGGUCGAUCUGCGUAAAGUCCAGCCCAUCGCCAGGUGUGGUUAUUACAGCUACGCAGUGAUACGAGAGACCUUCGAGAUGAAGCCUCCACCUGGGAAAAUGUCGUAUGGGUUAGAAGGAAAUGUAGCGAGUAAUGCGAAGGAGAAUCGUGAGCAGCAGACCAAGACUAAAGACUAG